GGAUCUGACAAUUUGUAAUAGUGUAUGAUAUUUGGGUAUAUAAGAUCAAGAUAUUGUGAUGUGGCCCAUAUGCACGAGAAGCAACAAGAGAGAAGGUUGGUACACUCGAAAGCGAAAGUGAAACUAGUCUAAUCAAUAUCCAAUAUAAACAAGAAAUAUGGGCCUUUGGUUAACAAAAUUAGCUACACUUCUGGAUGGAUUUAAUACAGAUCAAGCAAGAAUUUUGAUGCUUGGAUUGGACGCUGCAGGAAAGACUACAAUUUUAUACAAGAUCAAGCUAAAUGAGAAUGUGAACACAAUUCCUACUAUAGGCUUCAAUGUAGAAACAGUGUCGCCAUCUAAAGGAAUUUCAUUCACUGUAUGGGAUGUUGGCGGUCAGGAGAAAAUUCGACAACUUUGGAAGCACUACUACCAAAACUCAGAAGGUCUCCUGUUUGUAGUUGACAGCUCCGACAGAUUGAGAGUGGAUGAAGCCAGGGAGGAACUGUUUGGUAUCCUAGAACAUGAUGACAUGAGAGGGGUUCCAGUAGUGAUCUUGGCAAACAAGCAAGAUAUGCCUCGUGCAUUGAAACCCUACGAGCUGAUUGAGCAGUUACAUCUGAGGAAGCUAGUGGGACACAAGUGGCACGUGCAAGGCACGUGUGCAGCCAAUGGGGAGGGAGUAUAUGAGUCUCUCGAUGAAAUGACAAGACUAGUCAAGGAAUAUAAGAAAACAAGGAACUGAAUUACUGAAAUGCAAUGGAUCUGAAAUGAAAGGUCCUCAAAAUGUUCAAUAAUACAACAUCUGAUCUCCAAUUGUACUUUUUGCUUAUAGCCAGAAGAUCAAAGAAGACUAGUGUAAGCACAUAUCGAUGGACAUCUAUAAAAUAUAUCUAUAUCGGAUAAUGGAAGACAUAUCAUAGUCUCGCAUCAUUCAAGCCUCUUGGACAACAACCCGGGGACAACAAGAGUCCACAAUGGCCUGAAUAUACUGACAUAGGUUCUCGGCCGAUAUAAAGAUGGCAGCACCAUCAAAAUUCACUAUUAUCUUUUUUGGCUAUGAAUAAACAUAGAUCGUUUACCAUGCCAUCUUUAUUUAAAAACUAUUUUUAUCGGCCUAAGCCCAUGGGCAGCAAAACUGAGCAUGC